CGUUCGUCUUCGCCCCCACCCCCUACCACCAGUCCACCACCACUCGCGACUGUAGGCAGAGGCCGCAAGGAACCAAACACCUUUUCCCUCGCCCCUUACUACCACUACUACUGCUUCUCGCCCUCGGCUCGUCGUCGUGGUCUUCUUCUGACAUGGGCGGUGAGGCGGAGUGCGACAGGAUCAGGGGCCCGUGGAGCCCAGAGGAGGACGACGCGCUGCGGCGGCUGGUGGAGCGGCACGGUGCGCGGAACUGGACGGCGAUCGGGCGCGAGAUCCCGGGGCGGUCGGGGAAGUCGUGCCGGCUGCGGUGGUGCAACCAGCUGUCGCCGCAGGUGGAGCGGCGGCCGUUCACGGCCGAGGAGGACACCGCUAUCGUCCGCGCCCACGCGCGGCUAGGGAAUCGGUGGGCCGCCAUCGCGCGCCUCCUCCCCGGGCGCACCGACAACGCCGUGAAGAACCACUGGAACUGCUCCCUCAAGCGCAAGCUCGCCGUCGCCAACGCCGCGUCGCCGGGCGCGGGCGUCGCGGACGCUGCCGAUCUCGAGCGGCCGUGCAAGCGCGCGAGCCUCUCGCCGGACAGCCCGUCCGGGUCGGGCUCGGGCUCCGACCGCAGCGACCUCAGCCACGGCGGCGCUUCUGGCUCCGGUCAGAUUUACCGCCCGGUGGCGCGUUCCGGCGGGUUUGAGCCGGCGGACUGUGCGAUGAGCAGGCAGGAGGAGGAGGACCCCCUCACCUCGCUCUCCCUCUCGCUCCCCGGCAUGGACCAGGGGUUCCACCACGACAGGGCCCACAGCCACUUCCAGGAACUGCCACCGUCGCCGCCCUCACCCUCGCGGCCUCCUCCGCCGCCCCUGCCAUGCGCUCCCCUCGCCACCACGCCUUCGUACCCGUUCACCCCCGACUUCAUGGCCGCGAUGCAGGACCUGAUCCGCACCGAGGUGCAGCGGUACAUGGCGAGCGUGGGGGUGCGCGCCGGGUGCGGCGCCGCUGGCGGGGUCGACCUGUCCAUGCCGCAGCUAAUGGAGGGCGUGAUGCGCGCCGCGGCGGAGCGCGUCGGCGCGGUCGGGAGGAUGCAGUAGCCAAGGUCGGAGGAAUGAUGCGGACACCAGCGAAGUCGGCGCGGACGCUUGGCUAAAUUAAUCAAUCUUUGAUGAACGCAAUCUGUUCUUGUUACGUGGCAAACUUGCCUGGCCAAAUCGAGUUCUUUUAAUUUUAUCUUCCCAACUGCUGUGAAACUGGAACAGCAGUCAGGAACGGGAAGGGGAAAAUGGGAGAAGAAGAGGCGGGGGGGGGGGGGGGGGGUUGAGAAUUGCAAGGUUUGAGGCCAAGGUUCUGUUCCCCUGGACUGUCACUGUAUCAGCAGUCCCCUGUACAGGAAAGAUGGAACGAGACGAAAUGGGUGGUGAAUUGCGCAAAAUCUGAGUUCACCAUUUUUUGCCAGCACUGUCACUGUAUCAUUCUGUAUUUCUGGAUCCUGAUGGAUCUGAUCUGAACGCCAAGUCGCCGUUUCUGGGAGACAAUAGGGAAUGGAAAGGAAACAAUGCGAAUGCAAAUCUGGCA